UCUCUAGCUAGAAAUUAAAUUAAGAGAGAUAUGGCUUUGAAGUGGCAUCUUAAUUCUGCUUUUACCACUUUAGGGUACCCUAGUAGUGAAGGGCAUGUCAAUCACCACCACCACCACAAAGAGAGUGUGAAGAGUAGCACUAUUAAUGGGUUGAAGUGCUUGAAGGUGGAGGAGAACAAGAUUGAAGUGGUGAAGAGAGAAGAAUACCCAAAUGGGUUCCAAAUGCCACUUCACUAUCCAAGGUACAAAAAAGUGGAUUAUGAGAAGAUGGAGGAGUGGAAGGUUGAUAUGCUUCUCAAAGAGUAUGGCCUUAGCUUUAAGGGUACUCUUGAUGAGAAGAGGUCUUUUGCUAUGGGAGCAUUCCUUUGGCCUGAUCAACUUUAAAAUGUUUCCACCAAAAAGAAAUCUUAAUUUGGUUUGCUUUAUAUAUAUCUAAUUAAGGGUUUUGUUAUAUAUGAUGAAGCAACAAAAAAAAAGAGUCUUUUUGGGUGUUGUAAAUAUUAAGCAAAUAAGUAAUUAUUAACCAAGUCUUUAAUUAUGAUGUCAGAAGUAAAUGUAAAUAUAUAAUGUCAGCAUAUAUUGUAUGUGCAAAGUGUUAAAAUAUGCAAGAGUAUUGUUAAUUA